CGUGAAACGGAACGCACCCCAUGAUACAGCACGUUUCCUCUCCCUUGACCACCAUCCUAUAUCGGAGUACACCCAGCACACCUCUCAGUUUCGGCACGCAUUUCUAUUAUGUGAUCUUAAAUUACUGACAAGUUCACCGCGUUGAAAUCUUUACAUACCAUAUUAUGACUAUGAAAACAUAACUGUACACACUGUACAGGGGAAUAUUCUCAUUUAACGCCACUUUUGAUCACAUUAUACGCAAAAUUCUGGCCGUAUUGACCCUCGUUCGAGCAGGAGCUAUUCAAGAAAGAAGAAGAAGAAAAAGGGCAAAUUUUGAAGAAGCCUAAAUAGCCAUAAAGAAGAAAAAACAUACUGAUAUUGGAGAUAUCAUGAGAAAUAGCCUUCGAAAUAAUAACGAGAAGUGUUAAUUUGUUUAUAGUUUAAUUAUGUCAGUCACGGAAAUUUUGUAAAAAAAAGUUACAACUAUGUGCGACAAUAUAAAGGGUAAUCCAUUCGCUGGGUUAUUUUCCACGGAUAAUGAUGCUGUCUCAUUCUCCUUUCAACAUCAAACAGUUGCUGAUGAAGGUAGCAAUACUAAUUACACAGGUCAAUUGUCGGACACGAUUAAUGAUAAAUCUGAAAAUGAAGAGGCAGAAUCCAGAAUUUUGGACGACAAAGUCCAUCAGCUCAUGGCACAUGUAUUUGGAUUAACGCUGCGUCGAGAUAGCGAUAGUCCUGCACAAGGAUCUCUGGUGUUCAUUGAUGCUGAUUCAAUUGAACAUGCUGUCUUCGAGCGCUUGAUGUUAUCAGAUCCCAAAUCUACAGUGAAAAAUAUUGUACAAGAUGCCGAUGACCACAUUGUUCAGACACAAGUUAUAACUUACCUUUAUGAAUGUUAUUGUCGAUUAAAACAUUAUCAGAUUAAUAAUGAUUUGGAACAUACUAUAAGAAAUGCUUGCCAAAUUGUAUUGAGAAAUGUCAAUACAGCUUUACAGGAGCCAGACUUGUUCCAAUAUCAGGAGGUUCACAGUCAAUUUGUUGCUUUAUUUACGGAUGAUAUUACAUCAAAAUCAGAAUUACCAUCAUUUGUUAAUGGUAUAAUAGAAGAAUUGAUAGUGGCAAAUAGAGAAAGCGAUAUAGAAGAUAUAAUUAUAAUGUCAUUUGCUCCUGUUCUUGACAUUGUUCAUAAGGAGGCAGCUCAAAGUAAUCUGUUUACUUUUCGUCAACAGUGGUUUGUUUUACUGCAUAUAUUUUCCACUAUUGAAUCAUUGGCAAAGCUGAUAAUUUGUCAUAGCAGACCGAAAAAUAAUCAAGGUUGCGCAUAUUCAGAUACAUUAUUAGGUGCAUUCUUCAGCAUAAGCUGCUUACCAAAAACAGCUAAAAAUCCAUACGAUCUGUUCGAUAAACCUCUACGGCAACCAAAUACAAUCAUGGAAGGUACCAUAUGGAUAGCUAUGAAUAGCCUAAGCGAACAGUUACACAAAGUUUUUCAUUCCUUAUUGAAGUGCUCGACAGAAGUUCGUCAUUUAACUCUGCAUUGGCUGAGCAAUUGUCUUCAUACAAAUGCAAGUAGAGGAAAACUUUGGAAUUCUCACAUGGAAGUGGGAUUACUUGGGGUAUUAUGUGUGUCGGAUGGUUUCAUGCUGAAUGUGAGCAAUGUAUUGCUACGUCUUUGCCAACCAUUUUGUGUCAAAUUUAAUGAUACCAAAAUACCAAAGAUAGAUCCUACAUAUUGCAGUGCUGAGGUAAAGAAUGAAACUGAGAGUUUACAACGUGGUAUACAUAUGAAAGAAUUGAGUUCAGAGACAUGUUUGAUACCAACUCCAGAAGGAGAAAAUCGACCAAUAGCACAUUCAUUCGGAUUUGUAACAGAAUGUUUUUUUCUUACACAUCGUGCAUUAGAUCUUGGCUAUAGAGUUAUACUCGAUAAAUUUUUAAGGACAAAUCAAGAUUUGGCUAGGAUACAAAGAGCUUACAACGAUGCUCGAAUCGGUGGUAGUUCAGAAGUGCUAGAGCUCAUAACACAGCGAAUGGAGACCGAGAUGAUAAAAUACUUGUCUCUUAAAGCGAGCCUUUUAAUGCCAGAAAUGUUGGAACACUUGGCAAAAUUUCAUGCAAUGACAGCAUUUUGGUUGAUACAAAUAAACUUGAAUGUCGUAACUGAUGAAGAAAACACGCAAAGCUUUGCGCCAAAGCAAUAUAUACCAGUUACAUUCCCAUUACCAGAGACUGUCCCGAUUACACUAAGGUGCAUUCCCGAGUUCGUGGUAGAGAACACUAUUGGAUUCUUAUGUUUUUUACGUCGCUUUAGUCCGAACACAUUUGAGGAGCAGGGUUCCAGUUUUCUAAAUCCGAUUUUGACAGAAAUUAUAGUUUUGAUGGAGUCUCAACAUCGUUUGUACAAUCCACAUUUGCGCGCUCGUUUAGCCGAAAGUCUGGAGGCACUUUUGCCGAUUGCAGAUGAAAGCGUUGUUCCAGCAGUACCCAACUUAGGAACAUUCCAUAGAGAACAAUUGUUUCUUUCUCAUCCAUACAGACAACAAAUAAUUCCUAAUUUGCUGCAUGUAUUUGUAAGUAUCGAAAUGACGGGGCAGAGUGUACAAUUUGAGCAAAAAUUCAAUUAUCGUCGCCCGAUGUAUAUUGUAAUGGAUUAUCUAUGGAAGCUCGAUGAACAUCGUAGCACUUUUAUUGCUUUAGCUAAAGAGGCAGAAAACAACAUGGAAGCAGUUCAGCCACCACUAUUCUUACGUUUUAUUAAUCUAUUAAUGAAUGACGCUGUAUUUCUCUUGGAUGAGGCCUUAUCAAAUAUGGCACAGUUAAAACAAAUGCUCCAAGCUAGGGAAAGCGGAGAAUGGAAUAAACUGCCGCCAAAUGAACGUGAACAGCAGACAGGCUAUCUUCAACACAUUGGUAUGAUUGCCCGUUUUGAUAAUAUUCUAGGCAGAAAAACUAUACAAACAAUAAAAAUGUUGACUACUGAAAUAAAAUCAAUCUUUUGCCAUCCAACCAUGGUGGAUCGUAUUGCUUCUAUGCUCAAUUAUUUAUUAUUACAAUUGGUGGGGCCAAAUAAAAAAAAUCUCAAGGUGAACGAUCAAAAAGAAUAUGCAUUUAAUCCUGCAAAUUUGGUGCUGAAUAUAUGUGAGAUCUACAUUAAUCUGAGCAAAAAUGAAAGCUUUACACUAGCCGUGUCGCAAGACGGACGUUCUUACAGUCCAGAACUUUUUAAACUUGCUGACAAUGUGCUUGUUCGUAUUGGUGGUGUGGGAAUCUUGGGAAAUUUGGAUCAAUUCGCAAAGAACGUGGAAAAGGCUGCAAAUCAAAAGCGAGAAGAAGAUGAAAUUUUGAUUGGUAUUCCCGACGAAUUCUUGGAUCCAAUUAUGUCAACCGUUAUGACAGAUCCUGUAAUUUUACCAUCAUCAAAAAUAACUAUCGAUCGUCAAACUAUAGCAAGACAUUUAUUGAGUGAUCAAAGUGAUCCUUUUAAUCGAUCUCCUCUUACCAUGGACAUGAUAAAAUCAAAUAUCGAACUUCAACAGAAGAUACAAGAGUGGAUCUCGCAAAAGAAACGAGAAAAGUUAAAUGCUGAUACAUAAUUUAUCGUCAAUUAUUAUUACAUUACAAUGGAACAAUGUUAAAACAUACGCGAUCUUUGAGAUCAACAUUUUAAGGCAUCAAAAACAAUACAUAUCGAUGAUAAUAAAAAGAUUGUCGAAGAAAAUCCGAUUUUACGGCAAUCACCAGUUUGAAUUGAUAAAUAAUAGAACUUUGAUAUAUACUUUAUUGUUUUACAUUGUUGCAUUGGAAUCUUAUCGUUCGCUGAUGUUCGAUUUGUCGAUAAUGAUAGACAAAAUUUUGUAUACAAAUUUGGCAAAUGUAAUUAUGUACAGGAUUGUAAACUAGUUUAGAAUUACAAUUAUUUUAAUAGCAAUUCAUAAUCGAGAUAAAAUGUUAUACACAUAGAUGGCACACAAAGAAAUUGCUAUUUCUAGAAUUAUUGUUUAUUAUAUUUUACGUAUUGUAUAAAAUAAAAUAUAUUAUUUAUGAAUGACA